GGAGCGGGUGGCUGGAAGAGCGCAGGGUGGACCCAGCCGAGAUGCAGCCGCGGCUCCGGGUGUCUCUCGGCCGGGUGGGGGCAGCGCGGGCCGCAACCGGGCAGGGGGCGCCCGCCGCGGCAGCCGCGCGCUCCUAGUGCCUUAGACCUGCCGGCCGGCCCCGACCCUCGUUGCCGCGGUCCCGCCCGCCUUCCCCUCCCCUCCACCCUUUGUGCCGCCGCCGCUCCGUGUCCCGGGCUCCAUAGGACCCCGGCCGGACCAGACCGCGGCGGCGCUGAAGCCCCGUGUGGGCGCUGUGUCAGCGGCCGAUGGCGAAGGGGCGCAGCGCGAGCCGGGGUUCUGUAGCCCGAGUCCGCGACGCCGGAGACCCAGCCCACCUCCGCCGCAUUGUCCCGGGCCCCGCGCCCCGGCCCUGAGCCGCGCCGCCGCAGCGCCCGCCCGCAGCCCACGGGCCAUGCGGAGGGCAGCCGGGAUGGAGGACUUCUCCGCAGAGGAAGAGGAGCCUUGGUACGACCAGCAGGACCUGGAGCAGGACUUACACUUGGCUGCGGAACUGGGAAAGACGCUUCUGGAGAGGAACAAGGAGCUGGAGGAGUCUCUACAGCAGAUGUACGCCACCAAUGAGGAGCAAGUGCAGGAGAUCGAGUACCUGACCAAGCAGCUGGACACGCUGCGGCACGUAAAUGAGCAGCAUGCCAAAGUGUACGAGCAGCUGGACUUGACAGCCCGAGACCUGGAGCUGACCAACCAGAAGCUAGUGCUGGAGAGUAAGGCUGCCCAGCAGAAGAUCCAUGGGCUGACAGAGACCAUUGAGCACCUGCAGGCCCAGGUAGAGGAGCUGCAGGCCCAGGUGGAGCAGCUUCGGGGUCUGGAACAGCUGCGUGUGCGCCGGGAGAAGCGGGAACGAAGACGCACCAUCCACACCUUCCCUUGCCUCAAGGAGCUAUGCACCAGCGCCCGGUGCGAGGAUGCCUUCCGCCUGCACAGUUCCUCCCUGGAGCUGGGCCCCCGGCCCCUGGAGCAGGAGAAUGAGCGGCUGCAGACCUUGGUGGGAGUGCUGCGUUCCCACGUGAGCCAGGAGCGGCAGCGCAAGGAACGGGCCGAGCGUGAGUUUGCAGCUGUGCUCCAGGAGUACUCCGAGCUGGAGCAGCAGCUGUGUGAGAUGGAGGGCUGCCGCCUCCGCGUCCAGGAGCUGGAGGCCGAGCUGCUGGAGCUGCAGCAGAUGAAGCAGGCGAAGACCUACCUGCUGGGCCGGGAGGACCACCUGGCCGAGGCCCUGCUGGCGCCCCUCACCCAGGCCCCUGAGGCCGAUGACCCUCAGCCAGGCAGCGGGGACGACUUGGGCACCCAGGAUGGCAUCUCCUCCCCGGCCACCUCCCCGAGCCACGCCGUACGCAAGAGCUGCAGUGACACGGCGCUCAACGCCAUUGUGGCCAAAGAUCCAGCCAGCCGACACGCGGGCAACCUCACGCUGCACGCCAACAGCGUGCGCAAGCGGGGCAUGUCCAUCCUGCGGGAGGUGGACGAACAGUACCACGCGCUGCUGGAGAAGUACGAGGAACUGCUCAGCAAGUGCCGGCAGCACCGCGCCGGGGUGCGACAUGCUGGCGUGCAGACCUCGCGGCCCAUCUCCCGGGACAGCUCAUGGAGGGACCUGCGCGGGGGCGAGGAGGGCCAAGGGGAGGCCAGAGCUGGUGAGAAGAGCCUGAGCCAGCACGUGGAGGCGGUGGACAAGCGGCUGGAGCAGAGCCAGCCUGAGUACAAGGCGCUUUUCAAGGAGAUCUUCUCCAGGAUUCAGAAGACCAAGGCCGAUAUCAACGCCACCAAGGUCAAGACCCACAGCAGCAAGUGACCCUUUUCCCGCCUGCAGCCACCCCCAGACUCAGGCCAUGGGUCCCUGAGGCCUAGGAUGUGCAGCCUCUGGUGAGUGAGGGAGCGUUUUAGCAGCAACGUAUGCCGGUAGAGGAGGCUCUCUGACCCAGGGAGCGUGUGGGAGGACUCAGCUUGUUCCCUGCCCAUGUGGGAGAAGGUCAACACAUCGGGCCUCCCAGGACCCUCCACCAUCCUGUGUCAGCCCAAAGGCGCAGCUGAGUUUCAAAGCCAAACGUCCCCACUCCCCUGGGGAGUCCCAGAUCCCCCAGCUUCUGACCCUGGGCCUUGUUCUCAGAUUUGUAGCCAGGCUUCUGAAAGCCAUUCUGGCCAGCUGGCUUUUUUUUUUGAGAGAUUUGAAAUGCAAGGUCUCCCUGACCCCUUGCCAACAACUGGAAACACUUGAAAGGGGACCCCCAGAGCCACCUGUUGCAGGUUCUGGGGGUCUCCUGGACCACCCACUGCUUCUCCCCAGCUGUGACUCACUGUCAUUCCCUUAGCACCAGCUGUCCCACCCCCAGGGUCCUCACCAGGUCAGAGGUGGCUCCUGCCAUGCAAAGGAGGAAGACUCAGCCAGGCCUCGAGUGCCCCCCACUCCAGCCCUGGUGAGGGUGGGCUUCUCUCCAGAGACCCUCCGCCCACUGCAGGUCUGUAGCGAAUCAGAAGGGGGAACAGGGAGCCCCUUGGCAGCCAUACCAAGUGGUACACCCUGUUUCCCUCUGAGCCAGCCUCCUCGGGUUCCAACUCCACAAAUGCCUUCUGGGCAUUAAGCCUUCCUUCCAGGGGCCUGGGCAGUGGGGAGCCCCCCAUCUUUGCACGCCACCUGCGACUCACCGAGUUUGGCCUCUGCCUGUCUCCCCUCAGGGACCAUGAUAUGUCUCAUUCACUCCCAUGCCCCCCACAGGCCGACCCCCUGCAGGUCAUGCCUGCCGCCCCCAGAAUGUCCCAGGCAUGCGCCACGAGACUGUGAUCCCAGCGUCCAUUCUUGCCCUCCUUCACCGGGGACAGCCCAAGACUCUCUCCCUACACUGAACAGUAUUGAAAUGGGACCGGAAUGGGGAUCAUGUUUCCUUCCUCCCAUAAAAUGCCUGCUGUUAACCUCCCGCCUUUGUGGGGCGGCUCUUGAGGACCCAGUUGGGUCCGGGGUUUAAUCUUUUGUUAAGUCUUCAGGAAAUCCAACUUUAACUAAAAGAUGCCAAGGUCCUCAGCUUGCCCUGAGCAAUUCUUCAGGGCUUCCAGUUCCUGCCGCCCAUCCUGAGACCCAAGAAAUAAAUCGGAGGAGCCAUAUAGCCCGGUGGAAGGCAAUGGCCCUGGCCUCUGUGCUGGGAGCCCAGUGGGGAACCUUCAUGCCUUAUUUGUUUCUAAGGGGUAAAGGGGUUUUCUUAACACGCAUGCCCGACCUCCCCGGAGGUGCCACCCUACUCUCCGGGCGGCACUGUGAUGAGAGCUGUCGGCUGGUCCUUCCAUCCGGUCCUUCCGUCUGCACAUCUUGGAAUCUUUUGUCCUUUGGAGCUGGGUAGCUCCCAGCCCUCCUUGUGUCUCUGUCAUCUAGGGUGGAGGGGAUGGGGUGGGACGGGGUGGGGUGAGGGCUCCUGCCUGUUUGCUCCCCAGUUAUGUAGCAGCCGACCAGCAUCACCUUUGAAGUAUAUGAGAGAAAUAUAUUUACAAAUGCUUUAUUCUCUUCUUUAAUAAAAGACGUACCAGUAUUCUAAAAGCAGAAAUGACCCCAGAGCCAUGGUCCAGUCUCUGCGUCUCACUCAGCCA